AUGGCACAAAGCCUCGUUCAGGUCCAGUUCCAGCGACCCGAAGAGCCUCGCAGCAUCGGCGCAAAGCUUGGUCCUGGAUCUGGCCAUCAAGAACAGCAGCCACGCAAUAUGAACCGCCCAGAGACCGAAAGCUCGUCGCCGGUCAACCAGAAUGGGUCUUUUGCGGUCGACCGUGUCCUCAAGAGCGGAUCGCUCCGCAGACGUACGCGCAAGACCAAGUCUUGGAAGUCGAUCUACCUUGUCAUGCGCCCCAACCGACUGUCGAUAUACAAGGAUGAGAAGGAGGACAGGCUGCGACAUCAGAUCUACUUGAACGACCUGACUGCUGUCGCGUUCCUCAAAGAUCCCAAACACAAGCGCGAACAUAUAUUUGGUCUCUUUUCGCCCUCCAAGAACUUCCAUUUCGAGGCUCCCACGCAGAAAGAAGCUGAGGAAUGGGUAUAA